CAUAUUGGAUUCCCGUAGGUUUCACAGCAUUCUUAGCAGCUUACGAGGGACAGUUUUUAUUAAUGGUCCCGUUAUCAGUUUAAUUUUUUUAUUUAUUUCACCUCUCGCAGCAAAACCCCGAACAGUACAGCGAGCCACGUUAGAUCCAGGCAGCGGCGCAGAUUCAAAACGGGCUCGCUUACGACAGGUUACUUGUCGGGGGAGGGGAGGGGGGGGAGGUUACCAGUCAUCGGACUUGAAUGGAUCCGAGGGUAGCUUGGAUCCAGCCGGAGCAGAAAGGACCUGCGAACGCCUUAUGGAUGCAAAUCUGGGAGACCUCUCAGGGAGUGAGGACGCUCUCCGCUCACAAGCCGAGCCACGCUCAGUGUGUGAGCUAUGCGGCUUUAAUGGCUUUAAAUAAUGCGGCGGCAUCGUGCAAGAGCGUCCGCAGCCCCAGCAACGGCCGGAGUAACGGCAGCGGCCAUCGCGGCGUCGUGAGCUGCUCCGCGAACAGCAGCGGCAGUACAGGCGGGACACCGAUGUCCAACGGGAACCUCCCAGCGAAGGAAGACACCGAGGUAAAGACGCCGAUCCAGAAGCCUGCUUCUGCCUCCCAGGAAUCGGGGACAGAAAGUCCCGUUUCUAGGAGCUCGCUCUACGAAAGGACCUCGGGUGGAAAUGUGGGGGGGAUCGGCGGUGGCGAUCUAGGCGACAGCGUGGAAAACGACGCCGACCUGUAUCAUCAUCAACGCAACCUGGACGCUUUUAAUCUGCAGCGGAUCUGCGCGAAGCAGCAUCAGGUUUACUCCGCUGCAGCGGAUCACCACACACUCGGUCUGCAUCCGGACCGGAGGAAAAGCGACAACAAGGCCAGCACCUAUGGGAUGAAUUACCUGCUUUCGAACUGCACUAAUGGAAAUCAUGUGAAUUGGACGCCGUGGAAGAAGAGGAAAUACAGCUCUGGAGUGCUCGGACUCGAUGAAGAGGUGAGGGACUUCUACAACUUCAUGCGUCCCCGAACUGAAGAGGAAUCUAUGAGGAAGGAGGUGGUGAAGCGGAUAGAGAUGAUCAUCAAAGAGCUGUGGCCUGCAGCUGAUGUCCAGAUAUUUGGCUCCUUCAGCACCGGGCUCUACCUUCCCACAAGCGACAUAGACCUGGUCGUGUUAGGGAAGUGGGAGCGCCCCCCGCUGCAGGAGUUAGAGCAGGCUCUUCGGAAACAUAACGUGGCAGAACCCUUCUCCAUUAAAGUCCUGGACAAGGCUACGGUGCCGAUCAUCAAGUUGACAGACCAGGAGACCGAGGUGAAGGUGGACAUCAGUUUCAACAUGAAAAGCGGCGUCAAUGCGGCGAGCUUCAUUAAGGAAUACUUAAAGAAGUAUCCCGUGCUGCCUUACCUGAUCUUUGUGCUGAAGCAGUUCCUGCUGCAAAGGGACCUGAAUGAAGUCUUCACUGGGGGCAUCAGCUCCUACAGCCUCAUCCUUAUGGUCAUCAGUUUCCUGCAGCUUCAUCCACGCAUCGAUGCCAGAGACCCCAACCCGAACCUGGGCGUGCUGCUGAUCGAGUUCUUCGAGCUCUACGGCCGCAAUUUCAACUACUUGAAAACGGGGAUCCGCAUCACGAACGGGGGUGCGUACGUCGCCAAAGAGGAAGUAAUGAAGACCAUGACAAAUGGAUACACGCCGUCUAUGCUCUGCAUAGAGGACCCACUGAUUCCAGGCAAUGAUGUGGGGAGGGGCUCUUAUGGUGCCAUGCAUGUCAAGCAGGUGUUUGACUACGCCUACACUGUUCUAAGUCACGCCGUGACGCCGCUUGCCAAGUCGUAUCCCAACAAAUACUGUGAAAGCACGCUCGGGAGGAUAAUUAGAUUAACCCAAGAAGUCAUUGAAUACAGGGAGUGGAUUAUCAAUAAGUGGGGAGGCAGGGAUUCACCGCAAGUGGAGAACAGAGCUGCCUCUCCUAAGGAGCCGGUUUCAGAGCAGGAGUCGUGCGUCCUGGGCGGCAGCGUUGUCGCUUCGGAGGAGCAGCAGAGGGACUCGGCGUCGCCUCACAGCGCCGACUCUCCCAUGUCGAUCUCCAGCCCCAAACAGCACUCAUCAGCCUCGUCGGUUUCCUCGCUGUCUGGAUCCGACAACGACUCUGAUUCAGCACUGCCGUACUCCCUCCCUCCACCGACCCUGUCAGCAUAUGCCUCGUUCCCGGCCCUCGGCCUCGCCUUGCAGCCGGGCAUUCACUUGGGCACCGGAAAGCACGGCAUGGGAGGACACCAUCUGCUCCUUCCUCCAGUGUCACAGGCUCACGUCUCGCUGCCCAGCAGUCUAGCAUUGCACUCCAUGCCUGGCAGACAGAGCGGAACAAAGUUCAACGGGAAGGGCUUCCACAACCCAGCGCCGGUGAACGGCGCGGCUCCGGCCAACCGCGGACACACCCACACACAGUACCACCGCAACUCCUGGACACGGCGCAGGAAGAGGGACAGCCUGCCAGUCAGCCUCAGCAGAUAGAAACCACUGCUCCUCCUUUUUUUUCUCCGUCUCUUUUUCCGGCUGCAAAACUCAAGUUUUCACUCAUCCUGGAGGAGGACGAACAGACGGGCGCGCGGGCAGGAACAGGAUGAGAGACCAGCUGCUUUCACUACGGCGGCGUCUUUCAUCUACUGCAGUAGCAUCCCUUUAGAUCUACAUCUUCCUCCUUUUUUUCCGUUUCUGCGCAGCUUUCUUCUUUGAUGGUUUCAGUAUUAUGUUCCCGUCAGUAUUGUUCCCUCUCCCUUAUUUCAGGUUACUUGUUGUUUUGUCGGUGGUAACGGCAGUACCAGCGUCACUUGACCUCACUCUAACCCCUGCAGCCAAGCAGCCCGUUGUUUGGUGUUACACUUGUUUUUUUGUUU